AUGUAUUCGGUGAGUCGAGUCGAUGGUUGCUUGGAACGCAAGCCUCGUCAUAGCUGUUAUGUCGGUAACAUGGACGGGACGUCAGGAGCAAGCUCUUCAUUGCUAUCAGAAUCAGACGUCGUGUCGUGGUCAGAGUCAGUCGAGGUCGGCAAGAUAGGAGAUUUCAGAGUGGGUGGUGCAUUGUAUUUCUUCGUCAGCAAUAGUCGUUACCGGUGGAGUAAGAGCCGUCGAAGGAGGGUCGAUUGUGGAGGGAGAAAUGUCAAGAUAUGGAAAAAUGUUCUCUUGAAACAGAACAUCUCGUGGCAUUAA